AAUUACAGCACAACAAUAAAAUAAAAUAAAUACUAUAAAAACAUUGUGAUGAAUGAAGUUGAGAGGCGAUCAGAGGAAAUGCUUGAAGGAUGCUGCUCAGAUACACAGAAUGGAGAAUGGUGAGCACUACAGUUUUCAUUAAUUGCUUUGAGCUAGAUGUUUUGGUAACACUUUAUAUUACAGUGCCCUUAUUACAGUGGAAUUAUUCCUGUAAGUACAGUGCAACAGUAUUGUAAUUACUAAUUGUUAUACUGUACUUGCACUGUAUUGUAAAAUGUAACUGAUUUUCUUGACGUGACCUUCAACUGAAAGUCACUGGAUGUGUGUACACUACUUUAACAUAAUUACUGUGUCAUUAACAUUGUACCAUGUUAUUUCUUAGUAAAUGGCUGAUUAUUUAUGUGCUGUAAUAUAUAGUGCUAUUGCUACGGCCCUUAUAGAGGCCUUGACAGAAUGCUUUUGUUCACAGUUUUAGAUUCCAUCCACAGUCAUUAGACACCAUCCAACCAACCAAACAGACAGUAGUUGUUGGAGGGAAAGCAUAGGGGAUGAUGGCCACCACUCAGUUAAUGAAUAAUGUAGAACAAAUAUUAGUGGGGCUUACGUUUCCCAUCAAGGCACUCUUGAAGAAUGAACAAAGGUGCUUCUUGAUUUAAAUACACAUAAGUUAUUUGGAUGACUGCUUGCACAGUGUGAGAGGGGAAUUAAACUAAUGUAUUGUUUUAUAUUCACAAUCGCCACAAAUAUUUGAAUGAAUGCAUGUACAGUCUCAAAGGGAAAUUGUUUAUUAUUCACAAUUGUCAGGGUGAGAAGCCAAAGCAUCUAUGUCAUGUUCUCAAUCCCUUGUUUUUGAGACUGCCGCUAUUUGUGGAGGCAACAAGUGCAUUGUUUUGGUGUGAAAGCACUGACAUUUACUGCACUUCCCCAACAUAAAUGUAUGAUUAGGUUCACUGCAUUACCACUUGACAUUCAGAAUAGUUCAUAGUAAAAUAAAAUAGCAGCAAUUGUUGAUCAUGCUGAUAUGUUGAAAUACUACAUAAUGUACAGCAUAUUUUAGAAAGUUGGAAUCAGUGGACUUUGGUAUGAGGAAAUUAAAAAAUAUAUAGAGAUUGAUACAUCUGUCAAACUAGAUGUAACAUCAUCACGCUCCAUUACAUUUCAAAGGCUUUGCAAGUGAUGUACAUUAGAUGUAUUAUGCCCCCUUUUCCUAUUAAUUUAAGUGUUCAAGUUCUGUCACUCCUCUAUCCUCCAUCCACUGUAAAGUUAUAAUGCAGAGAGUUAAUUUGUUCACAUUCCACAAAUCCAUGCCCCUUCAGCAUUCAAAAGAAGCCCACCUGCUGUUGCCGCUUUCACAGAGCAAAUCCCCUCCUCUUCCCCUCACUGAAGGAGCCAGUGUUGCCUUGACUCAAUAGCUCCGCCUCAAACACACAGAUGCAUGAACACCGACACACACACACACACUCCAAACUCUCCACAUGGGUUCACUCAUUGUUAGUUCUGGAAAGGGCAUUUGACAGGGAGAAACGCAGGUUCUAGAUUUGCUUCUAAUGAAAGGGACCAGAACAAGUCUUCUUUAAUGGAGAAGUAGACUACUACAACAGACUAAAGAACUACAACUUCCUCCUUAAGGUACUUUCUCUCUCUCUCUCUCGCGCGCGCGCUCUCUAUUCACCUCUCUUUCUAUCAGGAAACCUUUUACUUAGACUGUUUAUCACUGUUUGUAUUUGAAAUCUAGCAGACUUGGCAGGCGGGGGCUGUGAUAACACCUAGACAUCUCCCUAGUUGUAUAAAGAGACAGAGACAGACAUGGGGCUUCAGUCAGUGGUAGCUCUCUCUCGCUCUCUCUCUUUUUCUCGCUCUCUCUCUAUCUGCAGUCUGUCACACUUGUUGUAGCUGCAGAAUGUAGGCCAAAGGUUACAGACUGGAGGCUCAGCAGUGCCAGUGAGAGCAGCAGUGUCUUCCUGUUUUGUGCAACUGUACAGCAUGUAUAAGUCCUCUUAUCGCAUGCUUUCGAUUUGAAAACAGAAUGACUGGUUCUUGAGGUAGAUAUUAUUUUCAUAAUUCAUGCUACAAAUCUUAAGAGAAAAAAAAGAAACACUACAGUAUGUUAAAAUAUUAGACACAGAGACUACUCAGAAAUGAACAGUGAACAUAGAAAAUCGAAUGUAUUUAUAAAGCCCUUUUUACAUCAGCAGACGUCACAAAGUGCUAUACAGAAACCCAGCCUAAAACCACAAACAGCAAGCAAUGCAGAUGUAGCAGCACGGUGGCUAGGAAAAACUCCCUAGAAAGGCAGGAACCUAGGAAGAAACCUAGAGAGGAACCAGGCUCUGAGGGGUGGCCAGUCCUCUUCUGGCUGUGCCGGGUGGAGAUUACAAGAGUACAUGGCCAUUAAAGCCAGAACGUUCUUCAAGAUGUUCAAACAUUCAUAAAUAAUAAUCAUAGUGGUUGUAGAGGGUGCAACAGGUCAUCACCUCAGGAGUAAAUGUCAGUUGUUUUUUCAUAGCCGAGCAUUCAGAGGUCGAGACAGCAGGUGCGGUAGAGAGAGAGAGAGAGGGGGGAGGGAGAGAGAGAGAUAGAGAGAGAAAUAGAGAGAGAGAGAGAGAGAGAGAGAGAGAGAGAGAGAGAGAGAGAGAGAGAGAGAGAGAGAGAGAGAGAGAGAGAGAGAGAGAGAGAGAACAGGUCAGGGUUCCAUAGUCGCAGGCAGAACAGUUGAACUGGAGCCGCAGCAUGACAAGGUGGACUGGGGACGGGGACAGCCAGGAGUCAUCAGGCCAAGUGAAGACUGGAGGUCAGCAUGAUGAACAAAACUACCCAAUAAUCCAUGUAGCCUAAUUCACACACACAAUCAAACAUGUUUUUUCUUGUAUACUGAGUAUAUCAUGUACAAUUCUAAUUUACAUGCUUUGUUUAACUGAUUGAAUAUUUUUCUUAUAUUUGUGGUGUGGUUUUCGUAUAAGCCAUUUUGGGCUUCCAACCUCACCUGCACACUAUUUUGACCAAUUCUAUCUGUACUGUUUUGUCUUUUACUUCUUUUCUUUGGUGCAAAUAAAUAAAACCUAAAGGCCAGGUAGUCCCGAGGCAUGGUCCUAGGGCUCAGAUCCUCUGAGAGAGAGAGAGAGAGAGAGAGAGAGAGAGAGAGAGAGAGAGAGAGAGAGAGAGAGAGAGAGAGAGAGAGAGAGAGAGAGGGGACAAUUAUAAGGAGCAUACUUAAGUUCACACAGGACACUAGAUAAGACAGGAGAAUUUCACCAGAUAAGACUGACCCUAGCCCCCUGGCACAUAGACUAUUGCAGCAUAGAUACUGGAGGCUGAGACAGGGGGAGGUCGGGGGACACUGUGGCCCUGUCUGACGAUACCCCCAGACAGGGCCAACCAGGCAGGAUAUAACCCCAUCCACUUUGCCAAAGCACAGCCCCCACACCGCUAGUGGGAUUUCAAUAGACCACCAACUUACUACCCUGAGAUAAGGCUGAGUAUAGCCCAAAAACCUGACCUGAAAAAGAUAUCUAUGUUGCAAUUAACGUUCAUAUUUAGCUGUAGUAACACUCUAUAUUUAUCUUAUUGUGCCCAUAAAUUGUUACAUCUUCUCUAUCGACUCUGUCAUUCAUUUAAAACAGGCUGUACUGUAUUGAACCAAGCAAUAUUAGAUUAUCAAAGAUAUACAGUCAGUACCUACUCUUAGUAUCACAAACCGUACCCUGGCUCUGGCGGGUUGUCUUCUGGGUGUCUAGUAGUGUCACAGUAGUUUCCUCCUCUGAUGCAUGCCCAGGAAGUUCCUCAUACUUUAAAUAGUAAAGGCAAAGGUAACUUUUCAGAACACAUUGUCCUAGCAACAGACCUUACGGUUGUGCUUCUUAUAACUGUAUAAGUUCUGGGUGUUCAUUUUCAGAAAUCACCAUAAUGGUAGUAGCAGCAGCAGCACAUAUUUUCCACUAUAUGUGUCCCACUCCUACAGGGAUACUAGGCAAGGACACAAAGGCAACAUUGAUGACAGAAUUACACUAGUCCCACCAAGCAGUGCUGAUCCCCUCCUACUCUAAUGCAACAAGACUGGUGCCACAGUGUGGGAUUUGAACAUUCAUACAGUACAGUCGGAACGUAUUCAGACCCCUUGACUUUUUCACAUUUUGUUACGUUACAGCCUUAUUCUAAAAUGGAUUAAAUCGUUUUUUCCCCCUCAUCAAUCUACACACAAUACCCCAUAAUGAAAAAGCAAAAACAGGUUAUUAGAAAUUGUUGCAAAUGUAUUGAAAAAAAUGGAAAUAUCACAUUUACACAAGUAUUCAGACCCUUUACUCAGUACUUUGUUGAAGCACCUUUUGCAGCGAUUACAGCCUUCUGCACACCUGUAUUUCGGGAGUUUCUCCCAUUCUUCUCUGCAGAUCCUCUCAUGCUCUGUCAUGUUGGAUGGGGAGUGUCGCUGCACAGCUAUUUUCAGGUCUCUCAAGAGAUGUUUGAUCGGGUUCAAGUCCGGGCUCUGGCUGGGCCACUCAAGGACAUUCAGAGACUUGUCCCGAAGCCACUCCUGCAUUGUCUUGGCUGUGUGCUUAGUGUUGUUGUCCUGUUGGAAGGUGAACCUUUGCCCCAGUCUGAGGUCCUGAGCGCUCUGGAGCAGGUUUUCAUCAAGGAUCUCUCUGUACUUUGCUCCGUUCAUCUUUCCCUCGAUCCUGACUAGUCUCCCAGUCCCUACCGCUGAAAAACAUCCCCACAGCAUGAUGCUGCCACCACCAUGCUUCACUGUAGGGAUGGUGCCAGGUUUCCUCCAGACGUGACGCUUGGCAUUCAGGCCAAAGAGUUCAAUCUUGGUUUCAUCAGACCAGAGAAUCUUGUUUCUCAUGAUCUGAGAAUCCUUUAGGUGCCUUUUGGCAAACUCCAAGUAGGCUGUCAUGUGCCUUUUACUGAGGAGUGGCGUCCGUCUGGCCACUAUACCAUAAAGGCCUGAUUGGUGGAGUGUUGCAGAGAUGGUUGUCCUUCAGGAAGGUUCUCCCAUCUCCACGGAGGAACUCUGGAGCUCUGUCAGAGUGACCAUUGGGUUCUUGGUCAUCUCCCUGACCAAGGUCCUUCUCCCCCAAUUUCUCAGUUUGGCCGGGCGGCCAGCUCUAGGAAGAGUCUUGGUGUUUCCAAACUAUGUUCUUGGGGACCUUCAAUGCUGCAGAAAUUUUUUGGUACCCUUCCCCAGAUCUUUGCCUCGACACAAUCCUGUCUCGGAGCUCUACGGACAAUUCCUUCGACCUCAUGGCUUGGUUUUAUAUCUGAAAUGCACUGUUAUCUGUUGGACCUUAUAUAGACAGGUGUGUUCCUUUCCAAAUCAUGUCCAAUCAAUUGAAUUUACCACAGUUGGACUCCAAUCAAGUUGUAGAAACAUCUCAAGAAUGAUCAAUGGAAACAGGAUGCACCUGAGUUAAAUUUCGAGUCUCAUAGCAAAGGGUCUGAACACUUAUGUAAAUAAGGUAUUUUUGUUUAAAAAUAUAUAUAUAUAAAUUAGCAAAAAUGUAAAAAAAUCUGUUUUCACUUUGUCAUUAUGGGGUAUUAUGUGUAGAUUGAUGAGGAAAUUUUUUAUUUGAAUUAAUUUUAGAAUAAGGCACCAACAUAACAUAAUGUGUGAAAAAGGAAAGGGGUCUAAGUACGUUCCGAAUGCACUGUACACAUUGCCAAGCAGUGAGAUGCCGCCCUGGCUCUUCACAAUACCAGAUUCAAUUGGAAUCUCACCGCUUGUGUGGCCAAUGCCAAAUAUAUUGGCUAUUCCCAGAUAAUUAGGCUACUCCCGAUACUCAGGCUACUCCUAGAAUAGACCCUAGUAUGGAUCAGCGUACAGGAACCGUGACUUUUUUCAGGAUCAAUAAAGAAUAAAAAUCUAUGUGUUCUCAUAAUGUCUUGUGUAGUUCAGUUGGUAGAGCAUGGCACUUGCAAUGCCAGGGUUGUGGGGUCGAUUCCCACAGGGGAACAGUACAAACAUAUGUGUAUUCACUACUGUAAGUUGCUCUGGAUAAGAGUGUCUGUUAAAUUACUAAAAAUAAGACACAAUACAACAGUUGAUUCCACUGUUAUAAGUCAACAUUGCUGUAAUUUACCUUCAGAACAGUACAUUUUAACAGUGCCCCACUAAUUUCCAUUGAAAGGAGGGGUUUUUACGCACAUCCAAAGUAAUAACAGGAGCUGGACAAAAGGAAGAUCCAAUUUAUUGAAUAAAAGGGGCUCAUGUUUUGCUGCACUGGACCUUCCCUUUUUCCUCCUAUUAAAUUUUUCUUGACAGGUCAUAUGUAGCUGGUCAUAUGUAGCUGGUCAUAAGUAGCUGGUCGUAUGUAGCUGGUCAUAUGUAGAAGGUUAUAUGUACUGUAGCUGGUCAUAUGUAGAAGGUCAUAUGUAGCUGGUCAUAUGUAGCAGUCAUAUGUAGCUGUUUGCUGUGUGUCACUGUUCACUACAUAAAAACCAACUGCUUUGUCCAUAUACUGGCUUCAUAGCAUACAGACUAUGUUAGAUAAAUGUGUGUUGACUGCAUAAAGCCUUUGUCUUUGUCUCCCUCAGUGUCAUGGCGAAGCAUAAUGAUCCCGAAUUGAGGUUCAAUAAGUUUGCCCAGCAGGAGAUGGGUCUGGUCCAGCCUGUCCCUGUGCCAAGCACCCAGACCAGGGGACAGUGGUCCAGUAAGCUGGAGUUCCUCCUGGCUGUGGCCGGACAGAUCAUAGGCCUGGGGAAUGUAUGGAGGUUCCCAUAUCUGUGCUACAAAAAUGGAGGAGGUGAGUAUCACAUCACAUCUUUACAUGGUCAUACAUUUAAACACACAUUAAAUGUAUGGCGAGGUGAGUCUUUGGCUUUUACAUCAUCAAUGCAAAAGAGCUAGUCACUUCAUAUAACUUCAUUGUGGUGGAGACAGUACAGAAUCGUUAUUUUCAUAUCUUAGGCUAAUAUUGAAAUCACACAAUGGCAAGAAGGUAAUGGAAUAAUCAUUAAGAGAUGUGUAAACAUGGCUUGAUAUAAGCAUAUCUGUGGUUGUUAUAAUAUUAUAGGGAUAUUGACACAAUAGGGCUAGAUGUUAUCUGGCAGGCACUAUCAUAAAAACAACAGUGCGUGCCUGGGUGCACAGAAGGCACCAAAACCUUCUAAGUGCUUCCAGAAUCUCUAUACUGAUAUGCACAUCACUACUUUACAAUGUUUUUUUUAUGCUCAUUUCUAAAUAUGCUAUGUAGAACAAACAUGCCUCUCAGUUGAGAUGAUUGAGAUGGCUUCGGGGAUACAUUUUUGUUUUGUGAAACCACAUUCACGUGAAGUGAAACAUGAAGUUAUGGUCUUGGGCCAUAUGUUUACUUGUGGUUUAACUUGUCUUGUUCUUAAGGGGUGUUCUUCAUCCCUUAUGUGCUCUUCCUGUUCACCUGUGGCAUUCCACUCUUCCUCCUGGAGACCUCCCUGGGCCAGUACACCACGCAGGGCAGCAUCACCUGCUGGAGGAAGAUCUGCCCCCUGUUUGAAGGUAAAUACCAGGGCUCAUAUUCAUAAAGCGUCAUUGCGUAAGACUGCUGAUCUAGAAUAAGGUCCCCUCUGUCCAUAAGCUUAGUCAUUAUGAUCUAAAAGGCUAAUCUGAUCUAAGAUCAGCCAUCCUACUCUGGUAUGCUUUAUGAAUGCGGCCACGGGGUCUUGUUGUACGUAUUGCAUCCAUAUUAGGAAUUGAGUUGUCAGAGUUUGCCUGACCAUUGAUAUCAUUUACUUCCUAAUAUGGAUGCCAUAUUGGUGAAAUAGACAUGAGUGCCUGAUAGCUAGAAGGAAGAAAGGCUAUAGCCUUCAGAUAAGUGAAGAUGUCCUAGUACUGUAAACUGUGCCCAAAGAAAAGACAACAUUCAGAGGGACUGUAGACCAAACUUUGUCUGUUUGUUCUAUUUGUACUCAGGAAAACUCCUUGCUGCAAUAUCCAAACUUGAGAAAGUAGCGUUGUAAUCCAAAACAAUGUCAAUACAAUUUAAAUUGGUAUUCAGCACAUAAACUCAAGGUUUCUGUCUGGAGCCUUUGUCAAGAAUGUGCUGGUUGAGGUUGACAUGUAUCCAUAUAGGCACAGUACAUGCAUGCUUUUCCUUCUGUAAAUGAUAUUGCACUAUUGUAUUUGUAAAAGUAAAUCCACCAUGAUUUUAAUCACAUUGCUUUACCAGUUUGAAAUAAUAUAAGGAUACAUUCUAUAUUGCUUGUAAUGGCACUCUGGGGAUGACUGGUCUGUUUCUGACCUGAUGUAACUUCAAAAAUGGAAAAGGGAUCAAAGUAACAAGACACUUCAUUCAAGUUAUUGGAUGAAUCUUGGAUUAAACAUCAACAUUAUUACACAGGCUCACACUAAUGCAUGAGCUAUUACAUGAUAGAGUAAGUGAUUGUCCUUCCUGUGACAUGACACGUGCAUUCAGGACACUUGUCCUGUGUUCAAACACUCACGUCUAUCUUGUUGCAAUGGCACAAUAACUUAUUAAUCAGGGCUGGUGACUUUGAAAGGAGUCUAAUCCACAUCAAAGAUAUACACAGUUACAGAAGAAGCAUUUAUUUUCCGAACAUUUACAUCUCCAUAUUUGUCCGUAAAAUCUUCUUCUUCUUCUUCUUCUUCUUCUUCUUCUUCUUCUUCUUCUUCUUCUUCUUCUUCUUCUUCUUCUUCUUCUUCUUCUUCUUCUUCUUCUUCUUCUUCUUCUUCUUCUUCUUCUUCUUCUUCUUCUUCUUCUUCUUCUUCUCCUCCUCCUCCUCCUCUUCCUCCUCCUCCUCAGGACUGGGUUAUGGUAGUCAGGUGGUGGUUCUAUAUUCCAGCACCUACUACAUCAUCAUCCUAGCGUGGGCCUUCUUCUACCUCUUCUCCUCAUUCAGCUCUGAGCUCCCCUGGGCUAGAUGUAGAAACAGCUGGAACACAGGUACGUACUUCAGUCCAGCCAGUCUGCUUGUGCUAUCAUACCAACUGCUUGUCAAUCAUUGUCAUGCCAAACCUGUUUGGAUUGACAAGGACAGAAAUGGAGUUGGCAUUGCCAAGAGCACAAACAGAUCUGGGAUCAGGUUGUUGAUGGUGACGUACCUUUGUCAUGCUCAAAUGAUAGAUAGUAUCUUACAUUUAUGGACACCACUUCAAACUGAGAUAUUCCGUUUUUGACAAGUGAUUUGAUUAAUGUUUUAAAAAAUUAAAUGUCUCCUUAUCCAGGAAAGAUUCAGAGAGUUCUGAGACUUGCUUGUUAUUGUGUAAUUUCCUCCUAACCAGCAACCUGCAUGGAGUUUGACAGAAGAGUAGUGGGACAUCUAAACUGGACAGUAGCAGGAAACGCAACAUCGCCAGUGAGAGAGUUCUGGGAGUGAGUAUACAAAAUUGUUCCAAUUGAUCAACUCCUUAUUAAGUCCUUACAGAUGGAAAUAAUGGCUAUGUGCCUUAGGAGGCGCUGAGAGAAUGGUGAAAAGCAAGUGGUGGGAUUGUAACUGAAAAUAUGAUUUUCAGGAGAAGAGUUUUGAAUCUAACAGACAGUCCAGACAAGCUAGGCAAUGUUCGCUGGGAGCUGGCUCUGUGUCUUCUACUGUCAUGGAUUCUCUGUUACUUCUGUGUCUGGAAAGGAGUGAAGUCUACUGGGAAGGUAAGGUGGGAUCUCUGCCAUUCAGCCUGAUGACACCAUUAAUACUGUAGAGCCAAAGACUGAGGGAAUGUAAUGCUGGUCUGGUCCCCCCUCCCCUCAGGUGGUCUAUUUCACUGCCACCUUCCCCUAUUUGAUGCUGGUGGUGUUGCUAGUCCGUGGACUCACACUGCCGGGGGCAAUAGAUGGUAUCAAGUUCUACCUCUACCCAGACCCAGCCCGCCUCGCUGACCCACAGGUAGGAACACACUUCAAUGUAUAAUUUGAGUUCAGGUGUAACAAAAACCAUUCGUACAUACUGUAGUGAUUCGUCUCUACCUGUGUUUGAACCCUGGUCUACAUGACCAAGGGCAGCAACCAUAACCACUGGGCCAAGACACUUAACUCCCUUGGAGGAACAGUUUGCGAUCUUAAGAACAUCAGAUUUGUUACAAUAUCAAUACCUGAUAACAAUAAGAGGAAUCUGAAUUUCAAAGCAAAUGCAUUUCCUGUUGACCUAUUAUAAGGUCAAAAUUGGUACCAUUUGAAUUCGCCUCUGAUACCCUGGGAUGAGACUAGUGUAUCGAAACUCUGAAACUAUGAAGACUAUUGUGUCUCUCUCUGGUGUGUCUCACAGGUGUGGAUGGAUGCUGGAACACAAAUCUUCUACUCCUAUGCUAUCUGCAUCGGCUGUCUGACUGCUCUUGGCAGCUACAACAAGUAUGACAACAACUGUUACAAGUGAGUGGAAGAAUGAAGUACACUGACAGUAAAUGUGCCUUGCUAGAUCAAAUGUGCAGGCAGAACGUUUUCUCUUGCCUGCAAAAACAUCCCCUGUGCACAUAAUUAUUGGGUUGGGUAGUCCCCUGUAGCUCAGUUGGUAGAGCAUGGUGCUUGCAACACCAGGGUUGUGGGUUUGUUUCCCACGGGGGGCCAGUAUGAAAAUGUAUGCACUCAAUAACUGUAAGUUGCUCUGGACAAGAGUGUCUGCUAAAUGACUGAAAUGGUAGGGUGUCUGGAAAGAUUGAUGAUCUCCAUAUUGUAAUUCAUUUGGAUGCCUUUGUGUUGUGACUAACAGGGAAGUUAAUCUAUUUUUAGGGACUGUGUGUACCUGUGCCUUUUGAACAGCGGAACCAGCUUUGUGGCUGGCUUUGCUAUCUUCUCUGUACUGGGCUUCAUGGCUUAUGAACAAGGGACAGACAUCUCAACCGUGGCCGAAUCAGGUAAGUGUUGCAGCAGUGAGAUAUGAAUGAAUGAAUUAAUAAAUGAAUGAAUAAACAAAUGAACAAAUGAACAAACCCUUUUAUGUUCUGCUUUGUUACAAGACAGGUGUCUUAGCAUCUAACUAUUCCCUCUUCCCUGCCCCUGAGAGUUCAGUAAUGAGUUUACCUGUGUUGCUGCACACAGGUCCUGGCCUGGCGUUCAUCGCCUACCCUCGUGCCGUGGCCAUGAUGCCAGUACCCCAACUCUGGGCCAUCUUCUUCUUCAUCAUGAUCAUCCUACUGGGGUUAGACAGUGAGGUGUGUUAGAGUGGCCCUGAAGGCCUAUGAAAUAUUUGCUUAGUGACGGAUAAUUACAUAACUUACAAUAGAUGCUACAAUCAUCACUAAACCCAAUGGACGUGAAGCUGUGAAGGAGUAGCUAGUAUUUCAAAGAAGAGAAUUUCCACUAAACUUCCCCAUCAUCUCUUCUUCAGUUUGUAGGUCUGGAGGCUUUGAUAACAGCUAUCUCAGACAUGUAUCCCUCCUUCUUCCUGGUUGGCCAUCGGCGUAAAAUCCUCCUCAUCAUCAUCAGUGUGGGUAGCUUCUUCAUCGGCCUGGUCAUGGUCACAGAGGUGAGAGGUCAUUUGAAGUCAUCAUUCUAUAAGGAUAUAGGAUAUAAAAUAUAGAAUUUCAAGGCCAUCGUUAUUAGAUCAAUCAUGACAGUAACCAGAUAUAUGAUUGAUAAUCUACCUCUCAAGUAAUCUGUUUCAACAUAUCCCUGUGUUUCAACAUACCCCCCUUAAGGGAACAUAACUCAUUCCGCAGAAUUGUUCCGUAAGCGAUUGGACCGCUGGACACACUUACGAUCAUUGUCUGAGUGUUUUGUACACCAUGGAAUUAGAUUAUAGUCUUAUUGUUGUGCUCAGUGAGACUGUACUUUAUACUUUCUUUCUCUUUCUUCCCCUCCUCUAUUUGCAGGGAGGCCUGUAUAUCUUCCAGCUGUUUGAUUACUAUGCCUGCAGUGGGAUGACUCUCCUUCUCUUCGCUAUACUACAGUCAGUGUGUAUCAGCUGGGUUUAUGGUGAGUUAGCCCUGCCUGCUCCCAGUGCAGUUUCUAGGUAUAUUAGAGGCCGCUUAGGGCCGCAACCACUUUUUUUCAAAGUUAGUCGGGGUCUCAACUUACUGUUAGUUAAGAUGGUAGAAUACACAACGUGACAUUUUUAAAUGUGCUAGUGCAUCCGCAGUUUUCCUCUUGUUAUGUCAGUCACUGACAGUCACCCAAUUAGCCCAUAUCAGCUAAUAUGUUAUAGAUUGCAAGGUAAGUUAGUCUAGCCGGCUAUCUAAACCUUGUAUUAUAUUACAAACAUUUAUGAAGGCGUUUUAAUGUAAGUUAUUGUAAAGUGUUACCGCUAUCAUUGUAGGACAUCAUAGUAAAAGACGGUCAGUGCUAUCUGGAAUCUUUGGGACGUCCCUACCUUAAACCCUAACCUUAACCCCUACCCUUACCCUAACCAUGAGCCUUACCUUAACCCUAACCAUUUUAAAUGUCAACUUCAAUGGGGUAGGAACGUCCCAAGGAUCCCGGAUAGCAAGGAGCGGUAAAAGACCCUGCAUGGCCCCAUUCCAUCAAUCACAGAUAAUCAAUCACAGAAACCCUAAUUGCAGGUCAGCUUCCCUCAGGAUGUUUCUGUUCGAGGUGUUUAUGGCGUUAUCCAAGCUGUUCCUCUGGCAGACAUUGUCACUUUGGACAUUGAUGUGAAACGACACCUCGUUACCUUGGGACUAUAAGGUUCUAUCUGACAUGUUGGUCAAAAAUUAGUUAUUCUCAUGGAGUUGCUUUUUAGGUGGUCCUAAAAUAUGUCAAGGACCGAGUUUGGGAAACCCUGCCUUAGAGAUCUUGUCCAGGUUUCCUAAUCUGCAAUUGUUUGAACCUGUCUGUAACUUGGUGGUUUGAGAAUGUUUACCUGGGUAUUUGACAGACCAACUGGGUUUUUGACAGGGUAUUUGACAGACCAACUGACCAAACCCUUUUCUUGACUGCUGUGAUUUUGAGUUCCUGUUGAUAUGCUUACUCCACAGGUGCAGACCGUCUGUACGAUAAUAUAGAGGACAUGAUCGGUUAUCGACCAUUACCCCUCAUUAAGUACUGUUUGAAGUAUGUUACUCCAGUCAUCUGCACUGUAAGUUUGACUUCUUUACACCCCACUCUCAACAGCAAAUUAAUUUGUUAUUUUUCCAAUUAUAGUUAUAGUAAACAUGAUGUUGAUGUCACAGUAAUACAAGUGAUUUACAGACAACCAAAAGUUAAUAAGUUGACAAUACAGAGAAAUAGAAAUCAAAUGGUGUCUAUGUGUAACCUAUGUAAUGUAGAUCAUCCUAACUUUAUGUUCAUUAUAAAUGCUUCACCAGAAGCCUGACCUAAAUGUACUGGAGAAACCAUAACCUUGUUCUUGACCUUAUCUUGUUCAUCUCUGUCCUCACUCAACCCUCACUGUUACCCUACUAUGUUAUAAUUAGUACAAUGCUAUCGGAAAAGACAUUGUGUUCUUCAAUGUUUAUUAUACAACCUCCUACCAUAUCUUUUGUUCUAGGCUACAUUAGUCUUCUCCUUGAUCAAGUUUACCCCGCUGAAGUUCAACAACACCUUUCAGUAUCCUUGGUGGGGUUACGCCAUUGGCUGGUGGUUCACUCUCUCCUCCACACUCAUGGUUCCGCUAUGGAUGGUGUACAUCGUGAGCAUCACUCCUGGUACACUGCGACAGGUAAAUAGUGACAUCAUUUAUUACGUUUCUAUAGAGUUUCACAGUGCUUGACUUGGGCAGGAGCUGAGUACCGGCACCUAAAAUGUUCAACUGCUUGAGAUCCUGUUCCUCUUAUGGAAUAUUAGCUCAAAAGUAUUGUGGAGCUCCUGCACCUAAAUAUAAACAGUACCGGCACACAACAUGAGUACCGGCACCUGUUUCAGCCCAAGUCAAGCACUGGAGUUUCAUAACAGAAAAGCAUCUUAAAGUGCUCCAAAAGCAACAAAAAAAAUAGCAAUAUAUCAUGGGUAGCCUAACUAUUGCUAGCUACGUAGGUCGACCGAUAGAGGCUAAGUCUUUGAGUACAUCCUCCAAAGAUGGAGCGAUGGUCAUGAGAGGCAAUGGUUAAUUUCUCACUAUCAAUUCCAAACUUCAGAUCUUUUAAAAGGUGGCAGAUACCACUUUUGUUGUUAUCGCUAGUUAUGUCUCUAUUUAUACAAUGAUCAGAACCAUAACCCAAACCUCAUUUACUCCCCAUUACACACUGAUGGUGUUGUUUCUUCUACCAACUAAGAAAAGAAGACAAACAAACAAUGCUCUGCAAACAUCACCAGUUAUUGUACGUCUCAUUCCUUUGGUGGUUUCUCUUUGAAAUGCUCCUCUGUCCUCUCUCUUAUUCCUCAGAGACUGUCCAUCCUCACCACGCCCUCAGAGGAUCUCCCCAUGACCAAGGCCCAGAAGAAGGCCCUCCUGGCCAAGCAGUCAGAGAAGGACAGACCCCUGGUGGACAUGGAGAUACCAGCCUGGGGCAACAUCCUCCUUGACAGAGACACUGGCCCCCUGUAGACUCUCUCGCUCAGCCAUCAUCUCUACAGGACUAGAGAUAAGCAGGUCCAGCAAGUCUCUCACUCUCCCAAAGGUCCUGACAUAAACAAUACAUAUACUUUCCGUAGUGUAACAGAGGCUUAUGUGACCCUUCACUUGGUCUGAGUGGGUUAGAAAAGUAUACUACAGAAUACAAUCCACCCCAUGCCUUUUUAUAAUAAAAAAAUAAUAUGCCAUUUAGAAGA